GAUAAUAGGAAUUCAACGAGGCAGUUAUUCAGGAACCAUCGAUCAUUUCUAAUUCGCUUUGUACGGCAACAAUCAUUUGAAUCCAUCACCUUUUUUGUUAUAUAGGUUCAACAAGUAAGAUGGGAGACAAUGGACAUUUCUUUUGGGCAGACGUUGGCAUUGCUGCACAUAGAAGUUAAAAACAGAAAACUAUACCCACAGAAGAGAUAUUAAAUAUGAUGAAGAGAGUUUUAGGAAAUACUUAUUUUACAUUUGGAAAUUAAUGUUCACAGAAUGAUGGCACAGCAAUAGGCUCAAAGUUAGGCAUGCAUUUUGCAAACACUGAUAUGGGUAAACGGGAGGAUAUGGUGUUGGGUAAAAUACGCAAGAAAUCUUUAGAAUACAGGUGGAUGACAUCUUCGGAAUAUGUACGCAUGGAGAGGAAUCUCUUGUAUAGUUUAAUGAAUUAGCAAAUAAUACCCAUCCGAAUAUUUCAGACAUUGAAUUCUUAGAUCCCUUGGUUAAAUUUGAUCAAGGAUGUAUUAAAUACUCAAAACCUACUGAAAUGCAAUAGUACCUACAUAAAGGACUGAGAAUAGGGAUAAAAAGACUCUGUUCUGAUGAAAAUUACUAUAAAAAACAGAGAAAGGAAUUAAAAAUGAAUCUCAAAAAACAGGAUAUAAAGAACAGAUUAUUAGGAAAGAAUUGAGAAAAGUUGACAAACUCAACAGAAAUGAACUACCUGAGUAUAAUAAAAGGAAACAUGUGGUAAAAGAGAACCAUUAAUAAUUACAUAUUCUAAAUUUUUAGCCAGCAUUUCAAAAAUAGCUGGGAAGCAUUUACGUAUACUUCAUAAUUCAGAGAAAAUGGAAAAAUAUUUCUGAAAGCCCCGAUUAUGGCUUUUAGAAGGGAUGCAAAUUUAGCUGACAUUUUGGUUCAUAGUAGAUCGAUGAUACAUUACAGGACAUUAAAACUGGUACGAGCACAUGUAAGAUAUGCAAGUACAUGAGUAAAGAUAACAUUGAAAUCACAAAUAGAGAAAAAAAGUACUCAAUCUUAAAAAAUCCCUAGCAACCGUAUUUUGCCGAAAAUGCAUUUAAAUACGUAUAUAGACAGGUAAAAUAUUAUAUAAACGCAUACACAAUCACCUGUCAAACACAAUAAAUACAAAAGUAAAUGAACCAGCGGCUCAGCACUCUACAAAGAACAAGCAGAACAGGAAUGACCACGAAUUCGUACUUUUGGGAAUAAUUCAAUUAGACAGUGUACAAUAGUAUAGAAGACUAAAAGUCAAUAAACGGAUAAAUUAACUGAGCACCAGGCUGCCCGAAGGGUUAAAUGGAAAGGAAUAGUAGUGUUUAAUGCUUAGUAUUAUUUGAUCUCCUUGUCUAUGAAUAAUGUGUUUCGAUUUAAAACCGCCUGUGGUUAUUGGUGAUGGAUCCGGAUUGGCGUUUUCAAUGAUCCAGACCAGGUUUUGCAGACGUCUCUUUUAUAGAGGCUUCGUCGCCCAUCAACUCUGCGUUACUCAGUGCAAAGUAACUGGCAGCGAGAGUGUAGCUGUGGUCUUCUUGCAAUUUGAGUGGAGCCCAACUCGUUUUAUGCAUAUUUUACUAUACAAUAUCUAACGUGCAUUUAUAAGCGGUAUAUAAAUCACUGCCGUUAAGCUAGAGAAGUUCGGUAAUGCGUUUUCUUUAAUUGCGGAUUUGCGUAGUUGUGCUUUGGCAGCUCUGCUCCCAUGAAACUCAAAACAACACAGCGGCUGAACUUUGUGUUGUGUGUGAUAGCACUGCUGGAGAGCUUGCUAACACAAUGCGCAGCUGACAACUGCAACUGGAGAGGAAGUGGGCUUAACCUUGAAGCUCAUUCCGGGACGGUUGAGCAGGUCCGUCUGCGGUGCACGGAGGGUUCUGUGGAAUGGAUGUACCCGACCCAGGCACUGCGAGUCAUCCUGGAGCCCAACCUCUCCAGUGCGCGGCACACCACCGUCUGCAUCAAGCCUUUCCGCAGCUUCAGCGGCGCCAACAUCUACGUGGAGCGCACCGGGGAGCUGGACCUUCUGGUGAACGAGCAGGCGGGCCGGCGGGAGCGGGUGUACUGUUUCAGGGCGGACAGCCCCCAGCACGCCGCCGUCUUCCUGCAGGCUAGCCCCCAGCAAGACAUCAGCCGCCGCACCGUGGGCUUUCAGUACGAGCUUCUGAGUACCCACAGCCAGAUGCCCGACUUCCAAAGAGUGGCUGAGAUGGAAGCUGUCUGUCGGCCCUGUAACAACACAGAGCUUCUCAUGGCUGUCUGCAGCAGUGACUUUGUUGCGAGGGGGUCCAUCAGGGCUGUGUCUCACGAGCUGGAUCAGCAGGUGUCCCAGGUGGUGGUGGGAGGGGCGCGGCUCUACAGGCAGAAGAAUACUGCGUUCCGGCAGGACCAGGGCAGCGGGCGCUGGGGGGGGCGGAUCAGGACUCCGCUGCAGUGCGGGGUGAAGCAGGGGGAGGGCGACUUCCUCUUCACUGGCACCGAGCACUUCGGGGAGGUGUGGCUCGGCUGCGCCCCCAGGUACAAGGACUUUGUGAGCGUGUACAGAGCGGCCAGAGAGACCAGGGCCAAUCCAUGCGAGUUUCCACUGGACUGAGCCGAACCUCGUGGAGCUAUAGCGGACAACUGCACCAGAUCCACGCGGGACAGGGCUUCUUUUAAAAUGCCCUCUGUGGGACUGCACUUUCCUUUUUUACUUACUAUUUUUAAAGAUUAGCAUUGAAAAAAAGUGUAGAUAUUUAGAAAUUAUUAAAGCACUGGAGUUGUAUGAAAAAUGCAUUCUGCAGGAAUGGAAAUAAGACUCCCACUGCAUAGCGGUUUGAUCCAUUCCUGGUCUCGCUAUUUACUAAGACACA